ACGGCUUAAAAGUAACGCAGGUGUACACCUUGAUAGCAUAGCUACUCACACUUGACGCAGAGAAAAUGAGAUUGAUAACCUGAGAAACAAAGACCCAAACCCUAGCUAACAAAUAUAAAGAUCAAAUCAAAUCAAAUUUAGGAAAAGAAAGAAAGAAAACCUAAUCAGAGCUCCAGAUAAUGGCAUUCUCUUCCCGUCUGUUAUCCAGAUCCAAACAGGUGUAUGGCAAUCGAGUGAUAAUGCAGCAACAGGAGCUUGUAAUUCCAGUGCGUUACUUCGCGAAAAAAGCUGAUGCUGCUCCUCCAGCUCUCAAGGGAGAUGAGAUGUUGAAGAAUGUCUUUCUGGAUGUCAAGAGGAAAUUUGAGACAGCCAUUGGAAUACUUAGAAAAGAGAAGAUCACCAUUGCUCCUGAGGAUCCAGCUGCCGUGUCUCAAUAUGCAAAGGUCAUGAAGACAAUUAGAGAGAAAGCUGAUUUGUUCUCCGAGUCACAAAGAAUUAAGUACACCAUUGAAACACGUACAAAGGAUAUUCCAGACGCUCGGACAUAUUUGUUAACAUUGAGGGAAAUACGAAUUAAGAGAGGUCUCACUGAUGAGCUUGGUGCAGAAGCUAUGAUGAUGGAUGCUUUGGAGAAAGUUGAAAAUGAACUCAAGAAACCUCUCAUGAGGAAUGAUAAGAAAGGAAUGGCUCUUCUAACGGCAGAGUUCGAUAAAAUUAAUAAGAAGCUUGGAAUUCGCAAGGAAGAUCUUCCGAAGUAUGAAGAAGAUUUAGAACUCAAAAUUGCCAAAGCACAAUUAGAGGAGCUGAAGAAGGAUGCACUUGAGGCCAUGGACACUCAAAAGAAAAGGGAGGAAUUCAAGGAUGAGGAAAUGGCGGAUGUGAAAUCUUUGGAUAUCAGGAACUUCAUUUAAGAUUGUGCAGAGUGCUUGUUGAUGAGUUGAAUUUGAUGUUAAACAAUUGUUCUGACACAAAGAAGAUCUGCAUAGGAUGGGGGGAAUACCUCAUCCGUUUUGGUUUUUGAUAAUAAAAAGGACCUAUCUGCAUUGCAGUACAACUGUGGCAAUUAAGCAAAUAUUUAUGCAGUUGUGUAUCCAAUUUAAUUGCUCGAAAGAGCUGGAAAUAUGUUGUUGCUGCGUUUGCUAUGAAAUUAUAUUUCGGGAA